AGGUACAUGAACAAUGCUUUAAACUCUUCAAAUGGUGUAAUACGGAAACACGAUGUUAGUUCAGCGUUUUUAGCAAUUUAUUCAAGUAAUCUCGAAGGAAUCAAUAUCACGUUAAAUUACAUACAGAACAAUUAUCAAAAGAUUAUUGAUUAUUUUGACGGUACCUCAACAUUGCUGGGUAUUUUAUCUGAUAUGGUAAACAGGAUGACCACCGAAAGUCAAAUUAGAAAGCUGGAGUCAUGGAUUUCCGCAAAUUCAAACAGUUUAUCAUCUAUUUCAUCCGAAGUGCAGAGCUACAUUGCGAAUGCAAGAAGUAAUCUAGCGUUGGAACAACAAAUUGCGACUGAAUUAUACAAUUUCUUUAAUUCAUCUUAGAAUUCAUCAUCUUAAGUAAUACAUGU